AUGGGACACAGGAUGACAGCCACACUACCCAUCUCAGCUCCCCCAGGAACAUCGAGAAUGGCCCCUGAGCCUUGCCAAGAGGCUGAAAAAGCUGAGAGACAGGCUGCCUUAUCCCUGGCGGACGAAGAGCCGGUCAGUGACCACCCGGAGCCUCCAGCUGGCCCACCCAAAGACCCAGUGGCUUCUGCAUGCCUGAAGGACACCAAGCCCAGCUCCACGCCCGUGGUCUUCCCCGUCAACCUGCAGUUGGCCCCUGAGUCCUUGGACCCCCGCACCCUGCGGCUGCUGUGGGGUCAGCGGGAACUGGAGAUCCAGGCUCUGCGGUGGACCAUCCGGAACCGCCAGAAUGCCCGGCGCUGCCACAUCCUGUACGAGGUGGCUGGACUGCCACCCGAGAGUUGCUCACACAGUCAGGAGAAGCUUCUGCAGAACCAGGUCCAGAAGCUGACUCUGGAGUUGAAAGGGCAGAAGGAACAGGCCCAACUGGAGAAGUCCCAGCUGGAGACUGAGCUGCAGGCGUUCCAGAGGUCCUGCCUCCUGCAGCUGGCCCGCUCCUCCUGGGUGGGUCGCGUGCUGCGAUCUUCCACCGGCAGCGUGGAGGUGGUAACUGCAGAAACGCUGAUGGACUCCAGUGACCUCUCUGAGAAUGAUCAGGUCCCCUCUACUGGAGAGGGUUUCCGGCUGGAGGACGUAGACUGGAACAGCAUUGCCCAUCGGUAUCCCAACCUCCUCGCCAACAUCAAGUCCAACUCAGAUCAAAAGCACCCCCGGGCCUUGCCAUCCCCACCGGCCCCAGUGCCUGGCCAGUGGGGCUCGGAGCUGCAUAGAGAGUGUGUGGAACAGCAUCUCAAGAGUGUCGAGUGGCGUUCCCUGCCCUCUGUGGGCACCAGCAGCUCAGGGGGCACAGACUCCAAUCCCGGCAGUGGCUGGCUGGCUGAGCCUCAUCGCGUGCAGAAGGUGACGGGACAGCCACCCUGCGCUGCAGGCCGCAGUUCUGAGUUGACAAAACCACACCGGAGGAGCUUCGGCAGGGAAAUGCAGGCACUGCCUGAAGCCCCCAGGGCCAUCCCUCCUGCUGUGGAUCUGACCCCUGGAGCUGUUCCUCUCCCACGUGCGGCCUCAGGGUACUGCAGCCCCAUUAACUCCAGCCUGAAGAUCGUGGCCGUGAGCCGCAAGGAGAGGUUCGUGCGCGUGCUCAACCAGUCGCUGGAGGAGACCGCCGACCUGGGCGGCCUCACGCUGCGGCAGCUCCUGUACGGCUUCCCGGUGUGCAUGUACCGCUUCCCGCCCGGCACGCUGCUGGCUCCAGGGCACCACGUUACGCAGGUUUGGGGCGAGGGCCCCGGCAGCACCAAGAAGCAGCCGCCGUCGUCCUUGGGCCAAGAGCCUGUCCACUUCCAUUCCGGCCGGGGAUGCGUGACUCUCCUCCUGAACCCCAAGGGCGAGGUCAGGGUCCUGAGCGAGCACCGGGCCCCCCACUGCGUGACCCCGGUCUCGAGGAUCUUCGCUGACAACACCGACCUCUCCGUAGACCGCUUCCCCCUCUCAGAGGACGGGCUUGGGGCCGACCCCGGGCAGCAGAGUCGCGGGCCUCAACACUCGCGCGGGGGCAGGGUGCGGGAGGCCGGAGCCAGACGCCGGAGGCCCAGGACGCGGGGCCUCUUGCCGCGGCUGAGCACCAGCAAGCUCUUCCGCCCGCGGGAGGUGCCGGCGAGGCCCGAGGCCGCCGAGACCCGCACGCCCGAGCUCCUGCCCGCCUUGCCCGGUGAGCGCACGGGGACGCGGAGGGCGGGCGGACCGCCGGGGAGUGGGAGUCCGGCCGACCCCAUCCCGUCGCUGUCCCUCGCAGAGGCCGGGCUGUGCCUGGAGCACUGCGGGGCUAGCAAGGAGCACAGGGUCCGGGUGUGCCGGAGGAGCGUGGACCUGGGCUGCCCGAUGGUAGCGCUGUCAGUGCAGAGCACGGCUGAGAGCAGAUACGGCUUCCGCUUCCUCCCCUGCCCGCCGGUCACCGCGGACCCGGGCGCUCGGGUGUAGAAGGUGGAGGGCAGCGCGGGCGUGGGCGCCCAAGGCCGAUGGGCCGCGCUGGGAGAAAGUCGUGGGAGACCAGCAGUGCCAGCUGCACAAUUUAUUGAACCAACGUCGCCUACGAAGUAAACCGCAUUCAUGUACACCUGA